AAAGUCAAUAUUUGUUUCGAUACGAGAGUAUUUCUUGGCAACACUUCCAAGACAAGUUAGCAUGCUAGCGUUAGUCGGCUAACUUUUCGUAUGGUCAAGUGUUUUAUAUUCCAGUAGUCUGUUUUUGAAGAGUCGAGAUGGACAAUAAUCAGGGGUCCAAAGAGAGCUCGGAUCGAACCGAGCUGGUAUCUGAGGACGGGAAGAAUACCAAGUCUGUGUUGUGUCAACGCUGCGGCUCCAAGGUGCUGUGCCCUGCCAUGGCUGUGUUUACAGAGACGGAGCUGUUCUUGCCAUCCAUGCGGAAAAAGAGCAGCCUCAGCACCACAGAGGGCUCAGUCGAUGGUGACAAUCUGACUGCCCACUGGUUAGUGGACGACAUGUACACCUUUGAGAACGUGGGCUUCACAAAUGACGUGGGGAGAAUCAAGUAUCUCAUCUGUGCAGAUUGUGAAAUUGGACCAAUUGGCUGGCACUGUUUGGAUGACAAGAAGAAAUUCUACAUUGCUUUGGAUCGAGUGAAUCAUGCGUAAUAUUGGUGCGCAUGAGGACUUACAAUAUGUCUUGGAAGGCUAUGCAUUAUUUUAUCGAUUUUCCGAAAAGCUUCACUUUACAAACACUUAUUGAUACUGUUAAGAACAUUGUAAUGAGAGAAUUGUGCCAUAUUCAUUCUCGUCAUACUCGCAUCAGUAUGAUUAUUCUGUUCUAAUAAAACUUUAAGAAGAGUA